AUGGGUGAGUUGUACAACAAUCCGCAUGAGAUUAUUCCGAUGGUCAAGGACCGACUGCUCGAUUUCAUGCGUGUCCAUGUCUCUCAAAUCGGGGGAUUGACGCCAGCACGGAAGCUGGCAGCACUCUGCGAAGCCUUCAACGUCCGAACCGCUUGGCACGGUCCCACGGAUGUCUCCCCUGUGGGUCACGCCGCCCAACUCAUGCUAGACCUGAACGUGUGGAAUUUCGGCAUCCAAGAGGCGGGGCCCUACCAGACCGAUCUGCUGAAGGAGGUAUUCCCCGGAACGCCUGAAGUCCGCAACGGAUAUAUGUGGUCCAACGGCAAGCCUGGCUUGGGCAUAGAUAUAGACGAGAGUUAG